AUGUCGACCAAGGGAAUCACACAAGAUCUGACACAGAACACCACACAUAAUGAAUCGAAGCCCCAGACUGCCUGUUCAGUGCUAAAUUCAAUUUUCCGUUUUGACACAGCACGACCUUGGACCUCACGGCUGAGGGCAGCGAUGCAGAGUGAGGUAUAUUUCUUUCCCAACACCACCAUGACGAAGGAAAUCGUGGAGAAGGCUAACACCACCGCGGUCAUGUUUUCCCGACUACGAGCGAUUGUGGAGGAGUGGAUGACACAGAAGGACGCGCUAGUACCACAUGUAUUUGUAAACAGUUCUCUGGCCAAGGCGGUACGAUUGGCAGCUAAUAUUUGUCGAAUAAACCAGAAUUUGUCUCCAGAUGUUAGAGAAAAGUGUCGUCGAGUAGUUUCGUUCCUUGGGAAAACACCUUCGGGAAAUGACACACACUGGACUGACUUGGUUCCAUCAAUUGACCUAGUGUCCAAUGCUAUUCAUGACGUGCUACAAAACUGCAUAACCUACGAUCGAUUCCGCGGUUUUGACAACCAGACAGUCAUGUUCGAGGCCCUUGAGCAGGCAACGAAAGAUGGGAUGCAGGUUUAUGCAAUCGAAUUUGAGGAAUCCCCCAAAAUGCUUUCGAUGCAAUUUCGUUUUCCACCCUCUAUGAUUGACUCUACACGUGGGUUCAACGUAUUGGACAAGUACUGGUCUCCGGAUCCACGCUAUCGUACAAGCAACUCGAUGAAGUAUUUUACAAGUGGGUUUAUCGACCUUCAGGAUCAAGUGGAAAGAGCUUAUGUUGCUAUCCUAUCCCAGAUUACUACUCCAAAAGACCCUUACGCUAAUGACUUCCUUCCCACAGAAAUGCAAUUUGUUCCAGGACCCUGUUACCAGGUUGAUUCCAUGUUGCGUAUUUUCGUAGUAAAUAUUCCUCUAAUGGUUGUUGUAAUCUGGUUGUGCAACUACGUUAUAAAUGUCCGUGCUGUUGUUUACGAAAAGGAGCUUCAUUUGAAGGAGUUUACAAAGGUGAUGGGAAUGGGCAAUUCAGUCCACUGGUUGAAUUGGUUCACUGUGGGCUUCAUAAUGAUGGGCUGUUCCAGCGUCGUUGUCACGAUUCUGCUUAAAUAUGGACAGGUGCUGCCACGGACGGAGGGCUUUCUGCUCUUCUGUUGUUUCAUCGCUUACAUCUUAGCAAUCCUACCUCAAGCCUUUCUCACGACUGUGUUUUUCAACAAUGCUAACUUUGGUGCAGUUUUCUCAGGAAUUCUUUAUAUCAUAUUUUACAUUCCUUACAACCUCAUACUCAUUUAUGACCUUGGAUUCGUGCCUCUUUUGGUCCUUUCAUUUUUGCCCCAGUGCACCAUUGCGAUGACAUUUUCGAGGUUGAUGUCGUUUGAGGUUCAAGGAAUCGGCGGACAGUGGAAGACUCUGUGGUUAAAUGAUUUGUCGAAUGAUUCCUUUUCUGUGGGUCUCUGUUUGCUAAUGCUGCUUGUGGAUGGUGCACUUGCCUGGAUUGGGAUUUGGUAUCUUGAGAACGUUGUGUCAGGUUCUCUUGGCUUCAGUCGAAAGUGGUACUUUCCUUUCACAAAAUCUUACUGGCUGGAGGUAUUCAAGCAUAGUUUUCGUCCUAAAGAAGCAGAGGGACUUCAGCCACAGCCUGCCGAUGUAGACCCAGGCUUCCAUGAAGUCGCCAGCAAAAGUCUCUCUGUGGGUGUUUCAGUGCGCGGGCUAACAAAGUACUACGGAAGGAAAAGGGUUGCUGCAUUGGACAACUUGUGGGUGGAUUUCUAUGAAAAUCAGAUAACAGCCUUUCUGGGGCACAAUGGGGCGGGCAAAACUACGACGAUAUCAAUUCUGACUGGUAUCUCUGCAGCCUCAGCUGGUACUGCUUAUGUCUACGGGAAGGACAUAAACACGGGAAUGCCUGCAAUAAGACACCACCUGGGUCUAUGCCCGCAGCACAAUGUUCUGUUCAGUAACAUGAGCGUUGCCGAGCACAUUCGUUUUUACGGUUACCUGAAAGGUCUUUCGCGAGCUGAGGUAGACGCCGAGGUAGGCCAUUUCCUCGUUGAGCUCGGUUUGAAGGAGAAAGCGAAUGAUCGUGUGAAGACGUUGUCAGGAGGACAGAAGAGGCAACUUUCUUUGGCUGCAGCGUUUGUAGGCGGUUCGAAGAUAGUUUUUCUGGACGAGCCCACGGCGGGCGUGGACCCUGCGUCACGUCGUUCCAUUUGGAAUUUCAUCUUUCGUUUUAAGCACUCAAGGACCAUCAUUCUGACAACACACCACAUGGAUGAAGCGGACAUUCUUGGUGACCGGAUCGCCAUCGUUUCACAGGGGCACUUAAAAGCCAGUGGUUCGAGCCUUUUCCUGAAGUCCAAAUUCGCAAAAAACUACUACCUUAACGUGGAGAAAGCAGGCAAUGGAGGAGUCGACUACACAGCAGACGCGAAACUCACUGAAAGGGUUGCAGCCCACCUGCCUGGGUCAGAGCUCGCGGUAUCCACUCCAACGGAGUGGAUUUUCACACUCCCCGCCACCCGAGCUUACGACGCCGAUGGGUUUGUGAAGUUGUUCACAUACCUGGAGGCCAACAAAAGCACAUUGUCGGAGGAGUUUGGUGUGAAUCAGAUAGGACUAACCGACACGUCGUUGGAGGAAAUCUUUAUCUUGCUAUCAGAUGACGCAAGCAAUGUGGAGGUAAGUUGUGUGAUUUUCUUUAAAAGAAACAAAGUGUAUAUUUUGUUUAAAAAAGAACAGAAUCGUUGUUAG